CCGCCGCCGCCUCCAUAGCUCCAUUGUGAGCCGGGAGCCCGGGCCGAGCGGCUGCUGCUCCCCAGCAGAGUGUGUGCGGGGAGAGCCCUUCCCUAGCGCCCCUCUGUGCUCAGCCGGGGGGACUUUCUGCGGGGGCUGGAACCAGCCCCUGGGGCAGCCCCGGGCUCUGCCGACACCAGCCCCUGAGCUGGAGCCUGCAGGUGAUGGGAUGAUGAAUGAGAACAAGGAGGAGCAUCCUCAGCAGGAAGGUCCUGAGCAAAUGGAAGCACAAAGAACACUAUCGGGAAGAUCUGAAGGGGAUGUUUUCUGGAGUCCUGAGCAGGGAGAAGCCUGUGGAAAUCAGCACAGGCCAGAAGUGCAGCAGGGAACCUCCUCAGGAGAGAGACAACAGGGUAAAUCCACUGACCAAGGGGUUGGUUUGAAGGACUUUCCUGAAAAGAUGAUCCAGCCAGGAAUCUGCACUAAAGGGAAACCAUAUGAAUGUGCUCAGUGCGGAAAAGUCUUCAGUAAUGAUUCAUCCCUGAUUGUUCAUUGGCGAGUCCACACAGGAGAGAGACCCUAUAACUGUUCGGAGUGUGGGAAAUCCUUCACUCGGAGCUCCACCCUUGUUGUGCAUCAGAGAGUGCACACAGAAGAGAAACCCUAUAAAUGCCCCAACUGCGGGAAAAGCUUUAAGCGGAGCUCAACCCUUAUUUCACACCAGAAAAUCCACACAGGAGAGAGACCUUAUAACUGCCUGGAAUGUGGGAAAAGUUUCAAUCAAGGCUCAAACCUAAUUAAGCAUCAGAGAAUCCACACAGGAGAGAGACCCUAUAACUGCCUUGAGUGUGCGAAAAGUUUCAUUCGGCACUCACACCUCAUUAGACAUCAGAGAAUGCACACUGGAAAGAUGCCAUAUAAUUGUCCUGACUGUGGAAAAAACUUUAGUGAUAGCUCAGCUGUUGUUAGACAUCAGAGGAUCCAUACUGGAGAGAGACCCUAUAAAUGCCUUGAGUGUGGGAAAAGCUUCAAGCAGAGCUCAGACCUCAUGAAUCAUCAGAGAAGCCACACAGGAGAAAAACCCUAUUACUGCCCUGAGUGUGGGAAGGGGUUCAGUCGGAAGGCUCACGUUAUUUCUCACCAGAAAAUGCACAGGCCAGAGAGAUCCUUUAACUGCCUCAAGUGUGGGAAAAACUUCACUAGGAGCUCUGACCUCAUUAGACAUCAGAAAACCCACACUCAAAAGACACCCUCUAAAUGUUCUGUGUGUCGAAAAAGCUUCAAGCAGAGGUCAGAACAUAUUUCACAUCAGAGAGCCCACACAACAAAGAGAAACUAUAAAUGUUCUGUCUGUGGGAAAAGCUACAAGGUGAAGGUCUCUCUAAUGUCCCACCAGAAACUCCACACAGGCUAGCAGGAACUCUCACUAUGGGACAAUGGGUCUGUGCUCUCCUGAAGCAAAGUGUAGGUGUGCUUCAUUGACAGAUGGUCUUUGCAGGGGCAGCAAGUGGAUGACGGGUUUGGGUUUCAGUAGGGGAUAUUUGACAGGGGUAGAAGAGGACAGAACGCUGGAUACCCAGGAGCUGGGUGCUUUCAGGGCCUGGGGUGAGCAGGCUAUUGGGAUUGGUAGAGAGACAUUUCUGUGGGUUACACACAUUUUCCAUUUUAGAGGACAGGUAAAAAUACCCCAUUGCAGUUAUUCUCUGAUUUGUCUCUGCAGCUCCUAGGGCAUCUCGGGGUAGGGACAGGGGAAUGUUAUUCAGGGAAGCAGCAAGGGGCCCUCUGGGGCUGUAGUUACAAGGCAGGAAGAGCUGCUGAUCUGAACUAACAGGAUGUCGGAGCACUGCUCAGGUGUAUUGGACAUCUCUAAAGUCAUGGAUGGUGCGAGUGGCUGGAGAUUGGGGAAUUUAUGGAGAUUACCCAGAGAGAUGGGAACUCUAGGGGAACUCCUUUUGGGAGUGUGGUCUAGCGGUUAGAGGGGAGGGUGGGGAAAAUGAGUUCAGAUUCCUAGGUGUGAGCUGGUGCUGGUCGCUUCCCCUCCUCUCUGUGUGUCCAUUUCUCCCAUCCGUACAAUGGAGAUAAUAGUUGACCAUCUCCCUGGAGAAUUGUGAGGGGCCACUAAUUACUGUGUAUGAAGUUCUUCAGGAGAAUGCAAGUACAGGAGAGGCUGAGCUUCACUAUUAUUGUUAUUACUGUGUACUGCAUUCAUCUGACAAAGUGGGUAUUCACCCAUGAAAGCUCAUGCU